AAGUUUUAGGUCAAAGUCAAAGCAUCGUUGUUGGGCUUGUGGUAGAAUCCAUCGGGCCUAAUUCAAAACCAAAAUGAUCUGUCAUCUGUGUGUUGCAACGGUAGCGUUCUCAAUUUUCCGAAGAGGGAAAAUGUUGAUUCGACGAUUACCUUGGUCGGCGAUUUCUGUCGCCACAUUAUUUCCCCGUCGUUCCGGUGGUUCAAAUGGACUUCGCAUUCCCGUUCGCAAGCAACUUAACUCUUCUCCCUACCCCUUCUGCUAUAGCUCCGGCAUCAAUCUCCCUCCACAACCGGGUCACGAAACGGAUAUUCGUCACUCGCAAUCUCUGAAACCCGGUCUUUACCUUGUCGGAACACCGAUCGGAAAUCUCGAAGAUAUCACUCUGAGGGCUCUUCGCGUGCUGAAUUCAGCUGAUGUUAUACUCUCGGAGGACACGAGGCAUUCGGGAAAGUUGCUUCAUCACUAUAACAUCAAAACGCCUCUCAUGAGUUAUCACAAAUACAACGAAUCGCAAAGGGAACAGGUUGUGCUGAGGAGGUUAAAGCAAGGUGAUGUCGUGGCUCUUAUAAGUGAUGCUGGAAUGCCAGGCAUCAGUGAUCCGGGUAUGGAGUUGGCAAAAUUGUGUGUUAGUGAGAAUAUCCUGGUUGUGCCAAUCCCUGGUCCUUGUGCUUUGGUGUCGGCUCUUUCUGCCUCGGGCUUACCUACUGAUGAAUUUACAUUCGUUGGUUUUCUUCCUAAACAUUCUGGUUCUAGAAAAGAAAGGCUCAUGGUUUCAGCUGAUCAAACUACUACACAGAUAUUUUACGUUCCUCCUCACAAGCUUUCUCAGUUUCUUGACGAGAGUUCUUCAAUUUUUGGUGAUGCAAGGAAAUGUGUUAUUGCUCGGGAAAUGACUAAGUUACAUGAAGAGUUUUGGCGUGGUACACUUGGUGAAGCCAAGGAAGUAUUUUCUAUUCGUCAAGUGAAGGGAGAACUUACUAUAUUGAUUCAGGGGCAAGCAAAUUCUAAAGUUGAACCUCCAUCAGACAUUGAGCUUGAGAGUGAACUUAGAGAACUGAUUUCAAGUGGCGAGAGUCUUUCCAUGGCUGUCAAGUUGGUCACCAGCAAAACAUCAGUGAGUAGGAAAACUCUAUAUUCACUGGCAUUAAGGAAGUUUGGGAAGCAACUCGAAGUGGAAGAUGAUUAAAAUUAGCGUGGUUUAUUUCUGCUGCGAAAGAGAUUCUCUGCUCAAACUUUCAACCGGGAUGGUGAUGGAUGGAAUGAAAUGAUCCAUCCCUGCUGUUCUAGUUUUAUUACCGAUCAUAUUAAGAAUGGUUGGGCUGGUAUGCCAGUUUUCAACAUUGUAUUCUUCUCUACCAAGGUUCUGGUUUUCAUGACGCAACAAAACUGAUUGUAAAUGUUUACUCUGGGCAAGAUAGCUGUUGGGUUGGAUCGGAUCGUGCCGGCGAGGCAAAUGAAUGGCAAAGCUGAAUUCCAUAUUGCUUUAGCAUCUGGCUCCAAUUUUAUCAGGAUUCAUUUCAGCCCUUUCCUUUGGGCUUUAGCUGAAGUAGUAAAAUAUAUGACAUUGUAAGAUGUACAAAAUUAAGACAAAUAGUUUUUUUAAAAUAUCAUGCGUUGUGGAUUUUAUAACAAAAUUAGGUAUAUACUUGUGCAGUGUUGCCAAUGAAGAAUAUAAGUAGUUCUACCCUCCUCUUGACCCACAUUCACCACAAGAAAACCAAUAACACCCAGGUUUCUUCGUACUGGUAUGUCAUUAAUUCUCCAGUCCCACUCUUAGUUCAUUUUAACAUAAUGCCAAACCAAGUUUCUAGACUACCUGCGGAAUUAAAGAGAAUAAUUAGUCUGAUUUCAAGCUUAUUUUCUCGUAAUGAGUAUCUCUGGGGAAACCGCGUGGUUUGAUAA